AAACGCUAGUUCGAUUUUAAUCCAGUCAUCAAGGUUAAUCACUUGGAAUACUUUCCGUGCCUCAUCAUUCCUUUGCAAACAAAGUCCUAGCUAACGAAUUAUAGCAAUGGAUUCACAAGUAUGUCAAGCUUUUCAUGAGUUUGAUAACAUCCAUGGCUUCUGCAGUCACUUUGAUUUUAUCAAAGAUGGCAUCUUCGAGCGACAACAGUUCAUUGACCACGUUAAAGGAGAAAUACCAGAAUCUCAGAGUUACAAUAACUACUAUGAUGGUAUCCCAACUGAUGAGAUUGCUUCAUUUGAUCUUGGGUUGGUUGAUCAAAACCAAUUGUUUCCUUUGCCUUCUCCUCCUACACAGGAUUACCUGUUUGAUUUAAUGAGUAAAAAUACCUCUACUAGUGGUACUGCAGGUUAUGGUACUAUAGCUUCUUAUCCCAGCUCCUCAUCUAUUCACCAUUUACCUCUUCAUCUGCCUGCCGUUACUGAAGAGGCUAAAGGAGAUGGUAUUGAUCAAGGAGAGAAUUACGACGAUAACUCAUCGGGGACAACGACAGCCACUACCACAACAACCACUACCGCGACAUCCACAAAGAGCGCCAAAGUCGUUGAUCGAUCUAAAACGUUGGUAUCUGAACGAAAGAGGAGGGGUCGAAUGAAGGAGAAACUUUAUUCCUUGCGAUCCUUGGUUCCUAACAUAACUAAGAUGGACAAGGCGUCAAUCAUUGGAGAUGCUGUUUCUUAUGUUCAAGACUUGCAAAUGCAAGCAAAGAAGCUUAAAGCUGAAGUGGAAGGUCUCGAAUCAUCAGUAAAUGGAUCCACAAGAAGAUCUUACAGCUUUUUUGAGAAUCCAACGAAAACUCAGCGUGCAGACUACAAGAACACGAUAGUUUGCAAAACCAUUUCUCAGAUGGAUGUUUUUUAUGUAACUGAAAGAGAAUACUAUGUUCGAUUUGAAAGCAACCAUGGUGAAGGAGUGGCUCCUUCUCUCUUUAAGGCCCUUGAAUCCUUGUCUUACAUUGACGUUCGAAACUCAAACUUAUCAUCAGCUUUUGAUAAGUUCACCUUGACUUCUACUAUUCAUGUAAGAGAAGGUGCUCAAGGUAUCAAUGAUUUGUCAAAUUUGAAGAUACUAGUAUCACAGGCACUUCUGAAUCAGGGAUUCUUGUUCACCACUCCUAUAGCUAGUUCCUUAACCAACUAUUAGUUUAAUUCCCCAUCCGAACAUUGUAAUUGGUUUCUUUUAGUACCAACAUGCAUGUUUUUCCAUAUCAUGCUCAGUAUUUUCUAAGAUGUACUUCAUCUCUUAGAUCCUCAAGUUGGAUAUGUUUUUGUACUUGAUAGGAGUAUUAGAGAGAUCAAGAUGAUGAAUGCAAAGCUUAGAGUCAGCAAAAUAAUUUGGUUCUAUACUCGAUCUGUAAGGUACUUGCAUGUCCUUGACAUGGCCUCCAUUAUGAUACAAAUUUCAUAUGUUACCACUAUAUUAAUAUGUAUGAUCGUAUCUUGUGA